AAAUUUUGUCAGUUUCUCAUCAUCAGCCUCACUUCGUAAGUUAAACAAGUGCUAGAUAAAUCCUGCUAGCGUUGUCGAAUCACAUGAAAAUGAUUAAAUCAGUUUCUUGUUUUGCUAUUCUUGCCAUCGUUGUUCUGCAGAAUGUAGAGGCAGCUACGAUAUUUGACCCUGAACUGGACACUCACUGGGAAAACUUUAAGAGGAUAUUUCAGAAACAUUACAGUGGACUCGAGGAAGGAGCAAGAAGGCUCAUUUUUGAAGGUCAUGUCAAUGACAUCGUAAAGCACAAUUUGGAGUUCGAUCUUGGAAUACACAAAUACAGAAAAGGACUCAAUGAAUUUGCUGACCUGAGCCAUGAAGAAUUUGUACAAACCAUGAAUGGAUUUAAAGGAACAAAACUGAACGAAUCCAGUUCUACAUUUAUUCCUCCCUCUAACGUUGAUUUACCAGACACAGUAGACUGGAGGCAAGAAGGUCUUGUGACAGGAGUUAAAAACCAGGGUCACUGCGGAUCUUGCUGGGCUUUCUCAGCAACAGGAUCACUUGAAGGACAACAUAAAAAGAAAACAGGGGAACUUGUUUCCUUGAGUGAACAGAAUCUUAUGGAUUGUUCGAGACCUGAAGGUAACAAGGGUUGUGAAGGAGGCCUUAUGAGUAGAGCGUUUAAAUACAUCAAGAAAAAUGGCGGCAUUGAUACUGAGGAGUCUUACCCAUACACUGCUGAGGACGGAACAUGCGAUUUCAAAAUAUCUAAUGUAGGAGCAACUUGUACAGGAUACGUUAAGAUACCAUCAGGUGACGAAAAUGCCUUGCAAAACGCAGUUGCAACUGUUGGUCCUAUUUCCGUCGCUAUUGAUGCAAGCCAGCGCAGUUUCCAUCUCUACAGUGGUGGCAUAUAUGAUGAACCAAAUUGCAGCAGUCAGUUGCUUGAUCACGGUGUUUUAGCCAUAGGAUAUGGUACCGAAGACGGAACCGAUUACUGGUUGGUAAAAAACAGUUGGGGAAUUUCCUGGGGUGAGAAUGGCUACAUCAAGAUGUCGAGGAAUAAGAAUAACCAGUGCGGUAUUGCCACUAAAGCCAGUUAUCCAUUGGUGUGAAUUUUCAGUAAUCAUUAGGUGCUCUGAAUAUGAACUUUCACAUAUUUAUAACUCAUUUUCAAGCAGAAGUUUAAGAAAUUUUCAUUUCUUAGCCGCUUUUGAAAAAUAUCGAUAUUUUAUAGUAAUUUAAUCAAUAUAUUUCUUAAAUUUAUGUUGUAUUUUAAUACGAAUAAAAACAGUAUUUUGAUGA